AUGAACGACGCUGAGCCAUCACUCUUUCUGGCCAGACAUGAGUAUGCAUACGGGCAAUCUCACCACAAUCAUUUAAAACAGCAUCAAAAAUUACACAAACGGCAAACGACGGUAGUUGAAACGGCAACAGCUGAGGCUUCCGCCAUAACAGAAGUUAUUCAGACAAUAUCCGUGGUCCAACAGGUUGAUGUCGAUGCCGAUGGAUCUACUAUUGCGGUCCAGACCUUUCCAGCGAGCGACUACUCGUCUUUGAGAUUACAAGCUGCAACAACAACUACUUCCUCGAUCUCUUCGAAUAGAGAUAAUUCUUCUGCUGCUUCUACAGUUCUUGGAGCUCAACCUACAUCAUCGGGCCAGGUCAUCCUAUCGUUAUCGUCGAGCACUGAUUCUUCACGCAAACAAUAUAUUAAUGGUAUGGUAUUAGUAAUUUCUAGCUCAUUUCCAAAUUCGACCCCAGGCCCAGUAUCAAUCUCGCUUUCAGGCUCAACUUCAAGCUCGACAACAUUAUUUUCCAAUGCGACCGCUUCUGCUUCAAUCUCUUCCUCAUCAUCCACAUCUAAUACUACCCGACUUUCUUUUACUGACUCCACUUUGACAUCCUCAUUCGAAACCUUUGCAUCGACGAUAACAUCUUCCUUCUUGUCAUCACCUGUAUUUCUUUCUUCGGCUGCAUCAUCGACAACUUUCAGCUCGACCACGCCCUCGUCUUCGUCCUCAUCUUCUUCGUCCUCAUCUUCUUCGUCCUCAUCUUCGCCCUCAUACUCGUCAUCUCAAACAGAUUCGACUAGCAGUAUCGCUUCUGUCGGUGGAGGUACCGAAACUAGUUCGGCAUCCGGGAGUAGCAGUGCUACAGGGGGUGCGGUUGGUGGGAGCGGCAAUGGAACAGCUGCGAGUUCGACACCAUCCACAUCCACGAUAGUGGGGGGUGUAGUUGGUGGGGUAGCUGGGCUCGCUGCACUUCUCUUUAUUUUGAUGUUGGUGUUGAGAUGGAAGAAGAAGAAUGGUGGGAUGUUGUCAAUUGGAAGUGUACCUCCUUCGACGAUCGCCGGUGGCGGAAGGGGUGGGGGAGUUGGUGGAAAUGAUGGUAGUGGUUCUGCAGGUCAAUCCCAAGGUUUCCCUAAUCAAGCUCCUCGUAGCAUGACGGAGCGCAGAUCACUCGCAAUGGCCGUGCCUGCAGCGCUGGCCAGCCUCUCGAAAUCUAAGCGAUCAUCUCAAAACACAGCCACUAACACGGUUUCAUCAGCAGGAAGUGAAAGAGGUUUCUAUAGGGUAUCUGGUAAGAAGCUUCCAUCUGUCUUACAACAUGGAGGUGACGGAUUCGGUGAACCAAAUUCAAAUACAAUGAGCGGAUCAUCGUUUUACCCCUCUGGUGUACCUGCUAUGCCGAUCUCCAACACUUUAAGUGGCACCUCAUUCUACCGAGAUUCUCAGGGGUUCUAUGGAGGACAGCCAAGCCCACCUCUCGAGCCCCCAAAUAGAGACUCUGGAGUCCCGGUCAUGAGGCCAAGCCCGGCAAGAACCCCGGUUACGGAACAUGGCCCUUUUACAGAGCCACCUGGGCCUAUACCACCGAGGCCGGAUCUUCUGGGUCGUUCACUUGCCUCACAAGAUGGCUCCCACGCCUCAAGAUUUACAGAAGAAGUCUGA